AGUAUUCUCUUUUCUUGGUUUCACACUAAAAUCAAAAGGGUCCUCCCAACUAUUCUUUUCCCCUUAUAUCUCUCACUAUCUAUGUAUGUAUAUGUAUAUCUCUAUCUCUCUUUGAGUUUGACCCUUUGCCACCUACCGGCAGCUUCUUUGCUCCCUUCCAAUGGUGACCCCACCACUAACCUAGUCCCCCACCUCUCUCUUCUUUCCUUUUCUAAGUGAAUAGCAAAACUCCUUUACUUUGUUGCAUCUCUUUCAGAGCCUCUUAUUUAACCUUUCUUCUCUCCUUUCUUUUUUUUCCUUUCCCCUUUCUCUCAAAACCCUAAUCCAUCUACAAGAGCUUUUCUUUGAGAAAAGAAGAAAAUGCAGAAAAACUGAUCCAAGAAUUCAAAAAAUAAUUUUCUUUACAACCCCAGAUAUUUUAUUUUAUUUUUAGAAAAAGAAAUGUUGUUGGAUCGGGUACAAGCUUGUGGUCCAAGAAAGUGAGCUUGAUGAGCUAACUCCAUUGUUUAGAUCAUCUAACAAGCACUUUCAACGUCUGGGUUUUGGCAAAUAGAGGUCUCUUAAGACUUUUCUUCCCUAAUUUUUUUAUUUUUUUUUAUUUUUUUUAUAGAAGAAAAUUAAAGCCAUGGAUUCUGGGAAUAGUGGAAGUAUGCAAUCUUCAAGUGGUGGUGAUGAAGAGUAUGAUUCACGUGGGGAAUCCAUUUCAAAUUUCUUGAAUAAUAAUCCUUCACUAGGCCAUUUUGGUUCAAUCUCAUCCCAUAAUAAUAACAAUAAUAAUCCACCUCCUCCACCUUUUCUUUCUCACCAUCAUCAACAACAGCCCAAUAAUACUUUCUUUGAUCCUUUAUUCCCACAAAGUUCAAACCCUCAGUUUAAUAAUGAUCUCAUUUGGUCACGGGCCUUAAGAUCUGACCACAAUUUCAACAACUUUACUGCAUCCUCAUCAGCCCCGUCAUCAAAUGCUGCUGCUCAACUUCUUCAUCAUAAUCAAAACCCUUUUUCGGGUUCGUCUUCAUUACCAACACUGCAACAACAAUCUUCAAUUGAAGCUGUACGGGCCUCAAACAUGGCCCAGCCCGAUCAUCAGCCCAAUGUGGCGAAAAACCCGAAGAAACGGACCAGGGCAUCAAGGAGAGCGCCAACUACUGUGCUUACCACUGACACCACAAAUUUUCGACAAAUGGUUCAAGAAUUCACCGGUAUACCCACAGCUCCGUUUACUGGUUCACCCUACACUCGCCGCCUUGAUCUUUUUUCAACUGCUGGCUCGACCAUGAGGUCGGGCCAUUUGGAUUCUCUUGGACCAUUAUACCCUUUGAGGCCUUCAGCACAAAAGGUUCAAGUAUCUCCUUUUAUGCCACAAUUAUCUUCUUCUUCUGCUUCUUCGUCAUCGUUGUUGAGUUCUAGUAUGAUCGAUGCUUUAAUGCCUACUGGCAACAACAACAACUCUAUAGUUGGUGGAAAUACUGCCUCGGCCUCGACCUCUACCUCAACCAAUUUUCAGUUAGGUUCAAAUCAUCUUGGAAUACCAAAACAAGCACAAAACUUGUUCAACAUGCAGAAUCAAAUUCUUUCAUUUAAUGCGGGAGCAUCGGUUUUUAACACAAAGUCACAAGGAGGAGGAAGCAGUAGUACUAUUAAUGUUCCAUCUUUAGAUGAACUUGGGAUAAGCCAUGAGCAACAAGUGAGUGCAAAUCUGAUCAGUGGAUUUAAUCAAGGAGGGAAUAAUAAUAUUUCUGGUCAAGCAAGAAAUGAUGGAAAUAAUCUUUCUAGAUUGUGGAGAGUUGGUGAUCAUGAUGGGGGUCAAGAAACUCAACGGCUGAGAUCUUUUGAUGCUAAUAAUAGCAAUAAUAAUAAUGGUGGUGGAAAUUACAACAAGUUGAAUUGUUCAGGUAAUGCUUCUACAUCUGAAUUUCAUCCUGAGAUUAAGAGUUUGGAGAAUGUACGCUCAACAGGUGAAGGAUCGAUUUCUUCCUGGGCUUGUCCUUCUGAUUAAAAUUAUUAUUAUUAGUUGGUGCUAGAAAAAAAAAAUCAUAGCUGACUAUAAAUUAAGGGGGGGAAAAAAAAGUUAACUAGAUUCGGUUAGUAUUAUCUGGGCAAUGUUGAUGAUAGCUAUGGGGUAGAAUUCAUUAUUGAUGACUUAGAUCAAUUUGGUGAGUUUUUCCGCUUAAUUGGAGUAUUUUAUUUUAUUUUUGGUUUAAUUAUAUACAUUGUAAUAUACUUGUAGAUAUACCAUAUUUUGUACUCUUUUGAUGAUUAUGAAAUAUUUGGUACAAUGAGAAUUCUGGAUUUUGUAUUA